CCCAUGCAGUCAAUUUCUUCAAUGUGUGUGCACAAUCUAAUGCAGAAGAGACAGCAGGAGUAGGCCGCGCAACAUUGCAAUCUUUCUCCCACAUGCAAAUUGCGCAGUUUGAUAAUUAUCUGUCUGUCAGCUGUGUGUAGCGAUCGAAGAUGGACGCUGUGUAAUUCAGUUGCAGCUCUCGUGAUUUUGCUCUACCCGCGCCUCUGGGAUCUAGAACUUACAACGGAAUUGUUUCUUGUAAACCGGGAAGUGUACUGGAACAAACUCUUCAAAAUGUGGCAGUUAAGGAGUAUGAGUGGACUGAAAUAUAGGAUUUUCCCGAACACCCUUUUCAUCACUCUUGUUGUGAUCGUAACAUCCAAAUUAGCCUCAUCAUUUGAAAUUGUCAACGACCCAAUCGGCAGGGAUGUCAUAGAGGGAAAGAACACAAACUUUCAAUGCACCGUCGACGACGUCACGAACGUUGAAUUCAAAUGGACACUGGAGGGUGAAGAUAUAACCGACGAUGACCGAAGAACGGUCAGCGCCGGUUUAUUACAAAUCACUGGAGUGGACAGAGUGUUUGAUCUUGGGGAGUUCCGUUGUGUUGCCACGGAAACAGUUACUGGUGAGACCAAGACGAGCAGUCCAGCCGAAUUGAAUAUAAUAUGGAUACAACCCUCGGCGAAAGUCACCCUAAAAGUCCCAGCUUCGUUGGACCUCAUCGAGGAAGGCAUGAGGGUCACCCUCAACUGCAAGCUAGACGGCAACCCUCCUCCUGAAAUCGUCUGGUAUCACGACAAGGAGAAGCUCGUCGCUGAUGAGGACUUUGAGUUGAAUAGGAACCGGCUGAGGAUACAGAGCGCCAGGAUGAAAGACAGCGGCGUGUAUUCGUGUCAGGGAGAGAACAGAGCUGGGCUGGUGUCUAGCUCCGGUGGGAAUGUAACAUUGAAUAUCUUGGACGCAGACUUUCCUAUCAAUCAAGUUGCCCCUGUGGGAGACAUCAUCACCAUUGGAGGCGCUGCAAGUUUUCAGUGCGCUUUCACUGGUACCCCAGACCCCGUCAUAGAAUGGUACUUUAAAGGGUCAGGAGAGGUCAACAACCCUGUACAUCUAUCUAAUGGAACCAGCACUCGGAUCCUACCAGAUGGAACCCUUGUUAUCAAUGAUGUGAUUGCAGCGGAUGAAGGAACAUAUAUCUGUAUGGGUGUAAGCGAACUGGGAGAAGCAACAGUCGAAGCUGAACUCAUGGUUGCAAAGGUUGAAGAUCUGCCGAUUCUCGGUUCAAGAACCAUCCCCGAUGGCGAGCGACUCUCGAUCAACUGCACCUACCCCUACGGUGUCAAAGGGGGUGUACCUAAACCUCAGAUCAGUUGGCUGGACCAGUCUGGUGCUCUUGUAAGCUCUGAUCUUGCAGACCGGGUACACACAGAAGGGGGUACAUACUUGGUCUUCAAGCGAGUUCAGGCAUCAGACAAUGGUAACUUCACAUGUCAAGCUUCCAACAUGGCCGGUGAGGUGACAUCUCCACUUGGUGUUAUCGUAGCAACAAUGCCAGAAUUCACCAAGAAGCCCAAGGAUGUGUUAGCAAGAGAAGCUUCAGAGGCAUGGCUCCACUGCCAAGCUGACGCUAACCCUAAACCCCGUAUUACAUGGCUUCAAGAAGAUGGAAGGGAAAUACAGGAUGGACGAUUCAUGGUCUUGAGUAAUGGUACACUUCACAUGAGGAGACUUAUGACAACAGAUGGAGGUGUUUAUGUAUGUAGGGCAGAAACAGUGGCUGGUAGUGUUGUAGCCGAGGCCACAUUGUCUGUCAUGGCCGUCUUAAAGUUUUCUCCAGCGCCCAGCAGCAAACCUCUAGAGCUCGGUGAAAACUCCAAACUCAUCUGUCGAGCCACAGCAUCAGUCCCUCCAAUCGUCCGAUGGAUCAAGCUCGGUGGAGAUAGAACAGCCCCAUGGGAUUCUCAUAUCAAUGAGACGGACGGCAAGUUGACCUUUUACCCGGCCAUGAAGACAGACGCCGGCAAGUACAUGUGUGUCGCUACGGCUGGCGGCGAGAUGAUCAAUAUCACGGUCAACAUCAAUGUCUUUGUGAGACCUAAAUUCGUCAUAGUCCCCGUCAAUGUGACAGGGUACGAGGGUUAUCCUCUAACCAUAGACUGCAAGGCAAGCGGGGAUCCCAUUCCAACAAUCACAUGGUUAGGCAUCUCCCCGGCAACGGUCAACAAACCCCACAAGACACCACUGGAGAACGGUUCACUGUACAUCGAUGAGAUUAAAGCAUCCGAUGCUGGCAACUAUCAAUGCAUUGCUGGGAGUAAUGCUGGACUCAAUAGUGCAGAGUUUACAUUAGAAGUCCGGAGAGGAACCCCACCCAACCUAGCUCCUUUCACCCCGCAGUUGAUGAACCGUACCAUAGCCAUAGCCGUCGGCUGUGCAUUGGCUUACAUCAUUCUGGUCGUCGGUCUGAUGUGGUGGUGUCGUCACCGUCGUCUGAAGCAGCGACGACUCUUCAAGGCGGAAGCCGCUGCAUUAGAAGCUGGCGCUGCUGGUGGGGAAGAGGCUGCUAAGCUGAAUGGUACCCUCCCUCAUCCGAUUCCCAACGGAGAAUAUCACGAUGAAGAGAAGGUUGGACGAAUGAGCAAUGGAGACAUGGCCAUGAAUCCGCUACUGAAAGGAGCAGGGAGGAGGGGGAGUUACGAUAAACUGCAGUUUCCACGCCACGACCUACAGACGCUUGUCGUCAUUGGUAACGGCUCGUAUGGUGAAGUAUUCCUAGCCAGGGCAGCUGGCAUCACUGAGGGUGUAGAGGCAACCACGGUGAUGGUCAAAGCUUUGCAGAACAAGAACGAGGCCCAACAGAUGGACUUCCGUCGGGAGAUGGACAUGCUGAGUAAGCUGAAUCAUGACAACGUGGUCAAGUUACUUGGGAUGUGCAGAGAUGCUGAACCUCAGCUCAUGAUCACAGAGUACCUAGAAUGGGGUGAUAUGAAGCAGUAUUUGCGCGCCACCUGUGGUGAGAACGGCACAACUAACACGCCCCCUCCUCUGACCCUAGCUCAGAAGCUAGACACCAUCAACCAGGUUGCCCUGGGCAUGGAGCAUCUAUCCAGCAAUCGAUUCAUCCAUGGAGAUCUUGCCGCUCGCAACUGCCUCCUGAGUCCCGCCAUGGAGACCAAAGUCAGCAUGAUGGCCGUCAGUCGGGACCUGUACCGCGCCGAGUACCACGAGUACAAGCAGAAGCUGGUGCCCAUCCGCUGGAUGCCGGCCGAGGCCAUCUUCGAGGACGAGCUGUCGACCAAGAGCGACGUCUGGGCCUACGGGGUGUUCGUAUGGGAGGUGUUCUCUCAGGGUGACAUGCCAUACAAGCAGCUGGACAACGACGCCCUGAUGAGGGCGCUGUUGGAUGCAGAGCUGAUGUUGGAGACGCCGACCGGUACCCCGGAGGAGGUGGAGAUCUUGAUGCACAGGUGUUGGGCGGAGAGUGCCAAGGAGCGUUAUUCAUUCAGCGAUAUCGUCAUGGCUCUUCAAAGUAUAACACCAGACAGCAGUGUGUGAGUUUGGAAUGGACUCCGAGGGGGUUGAGGGGUAAUUGCAAAAUUGAAAUAACACAGAAACUGUUUGGUAAUCUGUUUCUGAUAUGUUAUCUUCACACUCGCUGGUAUAAUUCUGGAGUAUAAUCAGUCUCGUUAAGGUGUGGUUUUUGGGGCUUCACUUGUUCUGUACGUCAUGGUGUUCCCCAAAGUACAAAGCAAAGUGUUCUGACCAAAUAAUGAACGCAGUAGUAGUUGCACUGCUGCAAAGUGAUAUUGGGCUCAAUUUUUAUUGGAACUGCAAAGCAAAGCAAGUCACUGGAUUUUACUUCUACUGUUGUCAUUUUACGUAAAUUGUGUAAACCUAGUAAGACUAAAAGAGUUUAAUUGAACCUUGAUGUUACUUUUGUAUAUUUGAUAAUUUUUUGUAAUGCUUUUCAAUAACGUGGACAAUGGCGAGUAGAUCCUUCAUUUCAAGCUCUCCAUACAUGUAAGUGCGUAUAGAAGUCUUCCCUGUUUUGAUGUUGAUUUUUAUUCUAGGGGUCACAUUGUCUCAUCAAUCCCAAACCUAACGAAGAUGCCGCAAUGGAGUAAGUGUUUUGGGUUUUUUGUCCUUUCUUUUUCAACUUCUUUCAAAUCUGAUGAUAAUUUUUCUACUGUCCAUCUUAUAAUAUUGAUGUUUAUAUAUAAAAUGAAUUGCUUUUUGAUCUUCAACAGUGUACUGUUGUUUAAAAAUGAUGUGCUUUUAAUUGUGAAACAACUCUUUAAAAGAAAGUCCACCACCGCUUAUAAGCUUAGAGUCACGGUUUAUCAGGCAGUUAUUUACUGCAUCCUUGCCUGAAUUGUAAAAAAAACAAAAAAUGUAGUCGUUAGAGUGGACACUUUUUUUUAAAUGUACCCAUUAUAAAGUUUGAUUAAUGUUUGUGUCCACUAUGAACAAAAAGUAUUGAAUGUCGAAUGUGUUUUUGACAGAUUCUCUUUCAGUUUUUCGUAGCAAAGAGAAAAUUUUGAUUUUGUUUUGAAUAAUACCUGUGCUGGUAUCGAUCAAUGUGCAAGUAUCGCCACCCGCCGCACUUUUUCAAUCAAUUGUUUCUCUCAAAGAUAGAUAUCUUUCGUGCCAAACCCAUCGUUAUUUUAUACUAGCAACCUCUCUAUUAAUUUAAUGCACAGGAUUUCUUCAAAAUCUCUUUCUGUUUUUCAAACAAAACCGUUGUGCAGUUAGGAGAUCGGAGGCCAGGGUUUCUUGGUUUGAAUUUAGUUUUUGCUAAUUCACCGAAUGGGGACAAUCCAAGUUGGCUAACCAAUGCAGUAUAGAUAGUCUGUUAUUGUCGGCCAAGUGCUAUCUGUAAUAAUCAAAUGGGCAUUCUAUGAAAAUUGAGUUUAAAUUUUAAAGAAAUAAAUCAAAAUCCACAAAUUUUCUUAGAAAACAAUCAUUUCUUUUUGCCAGUAACUUUGGAGACAAAUCUUGGUCAAUAAACAUCCUUUACAUGCACUUCCAAAAUACAUGCCAAAGCAAUUUUUUUUAAAAAUCUAUAGUAAACUGCACUCAUAAACCUGAUAGUCCUGAGCGAAUGAUGCACUUCCUGUACUACAUGUAGUUAUCAAAGAAUUGCACGAUUGCACUCCACUCUAAAAGUGAUGCUAAUAAGUGUUUUUAUACCAAAGAAAAAUGUUGUUUUGAUUUGUGUAGUGAGUGAGGAGUUUAGUGUAAACAAAUACAGUAAAGUAAGUACAUGAAAGUGAUUUAACCGUCCACUGUUCCUAUGCAUCGUUAUAUGCAAUACUCUUUAAUAAGAGAGAUUUACAUUGGAAGUGGUUGUGAGGACAGUGUAACAGUUACAAUGUGGAUAAGUUGUUAUUUGCUGUAUCCAGAUUGACCAUCUGUGGCUGUGGCUGCUGGCUAUGGCUGGUGGCUGUGGCUGCUGGUUCAUGGCUCUUG